UUUCCUCUCAAAAGUUCAUUUCGAAGUCUCGUGAGUCGUCGUCACCGUGUUGCUUGGUUUGGUUAAAUUUCAGAAGGCGACAGGAUUUGACUCUUAGUAGGGAGCAAAGUGCUUUUUGUGAGAAAAAGAAUUAUACUGGAUGGCAUCGGCUGCAAUAAAAUCAGGGGCGUUGGUUUCACUGAAAGACCUGAAGCCAUCUUCAGAGUUCUUCAAGGAUGGGGCUUCACUUAGAGUUACUGGAAAGUUAGUGGAGUAUUCUGUGGAGACAGCCAUUGCCAUAAUCGUCGAUGGAAAUGUUAGCUUGAAGAUCGACACACGGCAUCUGAGAGAGCUUACCUUUCGCAUUGGCUCCAUAUAUCAAUUUAUUGGUGAACUACUUGUUCAAUCAGAAAAUGAGGCAACUCUGCAGGCACGUGUUGGUAGGAAUGUUGACGGCAUUGACCUGAACCUGUAUCAUCAGUCCCUACAACUGUUAAAACAAUUUCAGGCUGAUCACUUAAACAAGAGAACAAAUUAGUUCACUUUUCACCUUGAGGAGGUAAUCCAGCUUAUCUUUGAAAUUUUAAAGUAGGAAUGACUUUUUACUUUUACUUUUGCGUCUGUAAAGAAGAUCUCAGUAAGUAAAUUACUUUUUUUACUAAUAUCUUUUAUUGAGUGAA